UUGCGAUUCGCGUCCGUAUCCGUCCGCAUUCAUACGUAGCUAUGGGACCGGGGUCUAAGUUAGUUGACUACAUUUUUGAUACAAAAUCAAAUUAUAUUAGUCGGAAAACACGUAAAACAAACAUGUUUACAAAUAAACUCAAGGUUGCAUAUUUUCAUAGUUAGAAAAUAAAUAAUAGAGCAUGCUGUAUGAAAAAAUACACAAUUUGUAACAUAAACUCAACUAGCAAUUUUAAAUUAAUUUUUAAGUAAUUAGCGGUAUAAGUUAUAACGUGCUCAAACGAUGGGAUUUUUAUAUGAAAAUUCUCGAAAAUUUGCUAAUGUGUUUUAUUCGCAGUUUCUAUUGUCGAUUUCAAGAUCAUUCUCCCAUAGGAGCCCGUGUUAAACAUAGCAUUUUCAUCGUCAAAUUUCUCAUUUAUUUCUUUUAUAUAACAUAUGUCAAAAAAAUUGUAAAAGUUUAAAACACACUUAACUUUGAUAACUUUAGUUUUUAUCAAAUUCUAUUAUUAUUUAUUAAAACAAGACAAACGGUAACAUAUAUACUUAAGCCAUCUACCGUAGCUACGAAGACAACAACCCCUACUCCUCGCUACUCUUACUUUUUCAACAAUGGCGAAUGCGUGAAUUGACUUAGGUUGAUUCUGAUCUGAUCGUUUUAUUUAUUAUUCAAUUAUAUAUAUUGGUAUACAGAUUAUUGGAAGUAAUACUAAUUAUAAAUGAGAUUAUUUACGUUUAGUUGCAGCAUAAAAUUUAUAACUAUCGAGAGGAUAAUAUAAUUGUCACUGCUGUUAUUGUUGUAAGAUUGUAUAAUGUCAGAUUCAGAUAGUUAUGCAAGUUUGGAUGAUGAUGGUAUGAUCAAAUGUGCAACACCACCAAUAUCAAAAGCAAAAUACAUUGAUAGAAGCAUCAAAUUGUCACCGAAUUCUUCCUCUGAUAGUGACAGUUCUUCCAGCGAGUCAGCUUCUUUAAGUAGAUCACCAUCACCAAGUAGAUCUUUUGUUGAAUUUAAUCAAUUUGAACAUUUUGACAAAUCUGAUGAUGAAGAUGACCAAUAUCGCACUGAUAUUUCUCAUACUCAAGAAAUAUCGCUCAAAAUUCGUUACUGUGACUGGAGGGUUCAAGAUUUCAGCACAUGUUCACUAAAUAAAGAAGGAUUUAUAAAUUCAAAAAUUUAUUCAGCCGGAGUUUCAAACGAAUUUCAAUGGUUUUUCAGAAUUGAAAGAUUUAAACAAAAGAAAGAAGUUUAUUAUGGUGUAUAUGUUUGUGUUAUAACUCAUGAUGAAUCUCAAGCAAAAAUGGAAUUUAGAGCUUAUAUUACGGAAUUGAAGGGGUAUUCAUAUAAACUUGCAACUACAAAGAAUUUUCCAAAAAAAGAUGGUAUGGAAUUUUUAGGUUUUCUACGCAAGAGCCAUAUAAGAGAUAACGUCUAUUGGUAUUAUCGAAUGAUACCAGACGAUAAUCUUAAAUUAUCUUUUAGAAUUUAUAUACAAUUUAAGAAAUCUAAAAAUAAGCUGGUAGAUGACUUAAAAGAUAUAUGGAAAACAAAAAAAUAUACUGAUGCUGUUUUAGUAGUAAAAGGAGAAGAGAUUCCAGUUCAUAAGACAAUUCUGACAGCUCGAAGUCCCACUUUUGCACAAAUAUUCAAAGAUAAUAACAGUUCAAAAGUUUACAUAGAUGAUUUUGAACCAGAAGUUAUGGAAGAACUACUUCGAUAUAUGUACACUGGUAGAAUUAAGAAGUUGAUCAAAUAUCUAAAGGAUUAUUCAGCGGCUGCUAAUAAGUAUAAUCUUAAAGAUUUACGGGAAAUAUGUGAUAAAACUACAAAGUCUUAUACCUCAUAAAAAAUGCUCCAAGAUUAUACAUUAUAUUUUCAUAUCAAUUAUUUACAAAUUUAUUAGUAUAGUAAAGAUUCGUCUAUAUAAGUAUUUAUGAUUUGUAUUUUAAAAAUGCAUAUCAAAACCGGACCUGAUGAAAAUACUCAUUAAAUGUAACUUUACUUUAAUUAUAUCUAUCAAAGUUUUAUUGUAAAUUUUAUAAUUUUAAGAGCUUUGAAACAUAUAUAUGUCAUUGACUGUGUGUAAUGUUAAUUUUACAGUUUACUACUUUUGUAUUUUUAUAAUAAAAUAAGAUUUUUAUGAUAAAAUCAAUUCCAUUUUUUUAUUUAUUCAAGACCAAGCUGCCGACCAAAAAGCAUUACUUAGUAUCUACUGUUUAAAAUGGCGUGCGGACUACGGACAAUUGUAUACGGUUUUAUCGUGCACAUAAUCUAUAUUACGCACAAUAUGAUACGAAUCAGUGUGUAUCA